UUAGCAAAAUGUCAAAAAAGAUUUUUCCCGGUGAUUUUCUUUGUUGGUUUGGUUGAUUCACGUUACAGGAAAAUAAGAGUUUUUAAUUCGCUAAUUAAGUGCUGAGUCUACAAAUUUCGUUUUAUAACUAUCGAGAUAAUUGUGUCAUCAUGGCGAAUCAAUGGGGCCAGAAAGCCGAGGAAUUGGAAAUUUCUAAUAAAGUGGCUGGAUUAGGAUUAAAGAAAAAUCAUGACGAAACUACGGAGUCUGAUGAAUCUGUUGAUGCAGUUAAUCCAGCUGAAACAUCACUUCUCAUGAAGAUAAUACGUCAAGGCUUAGUGGAGUCAAAAUUAGAUAUUGAAGUCCAAAGGAAAGAUCCAAAUUCACCCCUGUAUUCUGUAAAAACGUUUGAAGCUCUGCAUUUAAAACCAAAUUUGUUGAAGGGUGUUUAUGCUAUGGGAUUCAAUGCACCUUCUAAAAUUCAAGAGACUGCACUACCUACUCUAUUGGCCGAUCCUCCCCAAAAUAUGAUCGCUCAAUCUCAGUCGGGAACUGGUAAGACUGCAGCUUUUGUUUUAGCUAUGUUGAGCAGAGUUGAUACUUCAAAGAACUAUCCACAAGUAUUGUGCCUCAGCCCCACAUAUGAACUUGCAAUUCAAACUGGAGAAGUUGCUGCCAAAAUGGCUAAGUUUUGUCCAGAAAUUAAGUUGAAAUAUGCAGUUAGAGGUGAAGAAGUGCCUAGAGGUACUAAAAUAUCUGACCACAUUAUUAUUGGAACACCUGGAAAAAUGCUGGAUUGGGGUGUAAAAUUUGGCAUGUUUGAUUUGAGUAAAAUUAGGGUGUUUGUCCUGGAUGAAGCUGAUGUGAUGAUCGAUCGACAAGGUCAUCAAGACCAAUGUAUUCGUAUACAUAAAUGUUUACCAUCAACUUGUCAAAUGAUGUUCUUUUCUGCUACUUAUGACAGUGCAGUGAUGGAAUUUGCUGAGAUUAUUGUGCCUAAUCCAAUCAUCAUUCGACUGCUUCGUGAGGAAGAAUCUUUGGAUAACAUCAAACAAUAUUAUGUUAAAUGUAAAAGUGCUGAGGAAAAAUAUAGGGCAAUAUGUAACAUUUAUGGAGUUAUUACCAUAGGCCAAGCAAUAAUUUUUUGUCAUACCAGAAAAACUGCUAGUUGGCUAUCUGAAAAAAUGUCAAAAGAUGGACAUUCUGUUGCUGUUUUAUCAGGAGAACUUACAGUCGAGCAGAGGAUAGCAGUGUUGGAUCGCUUUAGAGCUGGUUUAGAAAAGGUAUUAAUUACUACCAAUGUUUUGUCACGAGGUAUAGACGUGGAGCAGGUGACUUUGGUAGUCAAUUUUGAUAUGCCUAUGGACAUGAACAGAAAAGCUGAUUGUGAAACCUACUUGCAUAGAAUUGGUCGCACGGGAAGAUUUGGGAAGGCUGGUAUUGCUAUUAACUUAGUAGAUUCGCCUUUAGCCAUGGAGAUUUGCAAUGAUAUAGAAAAUCAUUUUGGUAAGAAAAUUCAACUGCUUGAUAUUGAAGAUGCAGAAGAAAUUGAAAAGAUUGGUGUUUAAUGAUUCAACAACUAUUCUAGGUUUUGACAACCAAGUUUAUUUUUUUACUUAUUCCUUUACUUACUGUAUUCACUUUAAGUAACAUUUUGUAGACAUAAUAAAAGACGCUUUUUGGUA